AGUAACCCGCCUUUCACGGACAGUGAAGCACUGUGCAGGGGACUCUGAAUUUGAUUGCUUAAUUCAAAUCACCAGGCAGACAUUAAAAACCGGUUUUCUAGUCCAGAUUUUGUGGCAUUCGUACUGCCUCUACAAUCAAAGCACUCUAAACAAUCUGAGAGAGGGCUUCUUAACAUUAAGGUGAGGAUGGCACUGCUCAGCUUCCCUGUUCCUGAUCUGGAGCGCACUCUGAAGGAAGCCAGUCGUGUGCUGCAGCUAACCCUGGAGCCUGAGCUGUACCUGCAGUACUGCAGCGCCCUCAAGGAGCAGGAGGGGUUACUGCAGGAUAUUCAUUCCCGUUUUGCUACCCAAGUGGUGGGCAAGGAGAACUGGGUGACGGAGCAGUUCAAGACCCGUCUCCUCUCCCUCCCAGAUCCCCUGCCUACUUCAACCGCUAUCCCUGCGCUACUGUCCUCCUCCGCUGCCCAGCAGUGCCCCGAGCGGCGCGAUCGGGUUCAGGUGGACAGGGCGGCUGCCCUGCUGUGGGCAGUGGCCAAACUGAGGAGCGAACCCUGGCUGGUCGAAGGAGGUGCCCUGACCGAGCGCACCCAGCAGUCGGAGGUCUUCUCUGCCAGCCGCUUGCCUGGAGAAACCCGAGACGAGAUCAAGGUGUACCCACAAAGCCUUCAUGCUGUACUGUUCCACGCGGGAGCUGUCUUCCCCGUGAAUAUCCUGUCCCGCUCGGUAGAGGGGGGCUCCCUCUCUCCCCUGCCUCUCCCAGAAAUCCACAGGCAGGUGUCUGAGGUGCUCCGCCAUGCAGAUCUGGACAGGAGCGCACAGGUUCCCAUCUGCAGCUUCUCUGGCCUGCAGCGGCGGGUGUGGUACGCCCUGAGGCGCACCCUGCUGGAGCAAGGCGGGAGUGCGGUGGCGCAGGUGAUGGAGGUCCUGGAGAGUGCGGUGGUCGCUCUGGUGCUGGAGGACGGCCACCCUCCACCCGAUCCAGCAGAUGCGCUGAACGCUUUGAAGCUGGGGAAGGGCAGCGAGGGUGGGCACUACUUCAGAUAUUAUGACAAGGUGGUCAACAUGGUGGUCUUUAAGGAUGGCACAGCAGGCAUGGUGUUUGAGCACAGUGCUGUGGAUGGCAUGGUGGCAGGAAUAGUGGCAGAGGGUGUGUGGCACCUUUCUGAAGCACUUAAAUUAGAUGGACUAGACCUGCAGUCAGGGACACCUGAGACCCCUCCAGUGAAGCCCCUGAUUUUCUCCCUACGAGAUGAACACCAUCCAGAUAUCCCAUCAUCACCAGAACCUGUCCACAAGAUCGUCACCUUUGAGAUCUCCUCCUAUCCAGAUGUGUUCUCGACCUUGCGGGGGCAAAGAGGAGUAUAUGACGCUUGGGUCAACUUCUCCCUGCAGCUGGCACUUAAGCAGACCUGUGGAGAGGAUGCUUUUCUCUUGGUCACGCCAACCCAUAUGCGCCACUACAAGCAUGGCCGAUGUGACCCCACAUACACCAUGACCAAGCAAUCUAGGGAGCUGGUGAGGGCUUUGCUUUCCAGUGUCCAGUACAGUCCUGAAGAGCUCUAUAGCCUUUUUCACCAGGCUUUCAAAUUGCACAAAGAGCUCAUCAAGGCCACCAAGAGUGGCCAAGGCAUUGGUCCACAUCUGUCCAUCCUCCGCAACUCUCUUCCUCAGGGCAGCCGACUCAAGCAGUUCCUCGAACCCUUUGGCUGUCCUUCAGUCUACCUCACUGGUAAAGACCUUGUGGUUGGGGUGGAAUGCGGGGUGGGCAAUGUCUAUGCUACAGAUCAGCUUGCAGUCUCAUACAUGGGAAGGAGAGAUCGGGUUCGAAUGGUGCUUUCAGGCAAAGGGACCUUCGUUGAAUGUCUGGAAAGCCUUCAGAAGAACCUGAACGGAGCACUUAUGCUGGUGAAGGGUCUGGCUCUGAGAUAUGCCAUCACGGAGCAGAUGGGUGCUGUUGAAAGCCUGCUGGGGUCCUUCCAGAAGAUGGGAAGAGUAGACUCUUCUGAAGAUAAGAAAAAAGGGGGCGAUAUAAAUCAGAAUUUUAACCUUCCAGGCCAGAGUCUGAUUGAAGAAGUAUAUCCAAGUGGGACAACUCCAAAAUUAGUUCAAAAUGGUACCCUGAUCAUUCAUGGAGGAGCGGGUGAGGAGAUGAUGUUGAAGCAGGAGGUGGUGGAGGUCAUUGAGUUUUCCUUGAGAGCCGCUGCCUCGCUUGGGGCUCAGGUGCUCUCUUCUGGGGGGAGCAGUCUUGAUGCUGUGGAGAAAUGUGUUGCAGCCCUUGAAGACUGCUUCCUGUUCAAUGCUGGCAAGGGCUCUGUAUACAACCAGGAUGGUGAACAGGAAAUGGAAGCAACCAUCAUUGAGGGCUGUGGAAAGCGCUCAGGAUCUGUGGCUUGUCUGCGGACCAUUAAAAACCCAGUAAAAGUUGCCCGUCUGGUUAUGGAAAAAUCCCCCCAUGCCCUGCUUUCUGGUGGAGGGGUUGAAUCCUUUUUGGAAACUCUGAAAGAGAAGGCUGUGGAUUUGGAUUAUUUCCAUACUGACUUGCGCUGGAUGGAGCUCCAAGCAAAACGGAGUGGCCUCACCACAAGACCUAGCCACCCCCAGACUGUUGGGGCUAUAGCCCUUGAUCGCUGGGGGAAACUGGCAGCUGCUACCUCUACUGGUGGACUUGUGGGCAAGUGGAAGGGACGGAUCGGGGACACGGCUGUGGUGGGUGCAGGGAUUUAUGCAGGUGAGAACGUGGCUGUGACCUGCUCAGGAGAUGGUGACGUUUUUUUGAGAAAUACGGUAGCCAGCAAAGUGGCCCACAUGUACAACCUAAAAGGAUACAGUUUGAGAGAGGCCUGCAAAGAGGUCCUCAGGGAGAGUUUGGAAGGCUCUUGCGGAGGCAUCAUUGCUGUCAGUUCCAAGGGGGAAGCCGUGGUUGAAACCAAUGCUGCAGUAAUGUUUGUAGGAUCGGUCAAAGGCGAUGUCACACGUGCAGAAGUGCUUAGACCAAAGAAGACUUAUUUAAAUGUAAUCUGGGAAUCGGAGGAUCUGGUGGCCUACCUUCAUCCUAAUCCCUGGACUCCUGGCACCACUAUCCUGACCUCAAAGAGCCCAAGUUGGCAAUCCAGUAUCUUUCAUCUGCCUCUGCCAGAGUACACAGCACUGAUGCUGGGGGCUCGAGCUGUGGCUGGUUUGCUGUGCCAGCAGAUGCCGGUUCACCGGUGUGCUCUGAUGGCGGAGGCUCAGGCGGAUCAACCAGCCCAUGUCAAGUUGCUCCCACUGCAUGGGUUAGAACCAGAGUGGAAGCCACAUCUUCAUGAAGAGAAGGAGUUCCAUCCCCAGUAUCGAGGCUACUGCACUUCCAAGAAUGGCCCACGAGCUACAGAUGCAGACCUAGAGGAGGUCCAGGCGAGGAUCCAGGCUAAGCUGAGGUCACCCAUUCCUACCCCCAGCUAUCACUUCUUUGGCGAUUCCGCAGAUGAUAAUCUGUUCUCGCGCAUUGUGCAAGGUGUAGAGAAGAAGCAAUGGAGAGUGUGGGAGGAUGAUGCCCACGUGGCCUUUCUUACCCCUUUCCCCAACUCGCCUGGUUUUACAGUGCUGGCACCUCGACGUCAUCUUCCUAGUGACCUCUUCAGCCUGGAUGAAGAGGACUAUAUUGAGCUGGCACUUGCUGCUCGUACGGUGGCCCUGCUGCUGGAGGAGGGCCUUGGAGCCCAGAGUUGUGCUUUGAUCUUCGAGGGGUUAGAGAUUGACUAUGCCCAUGCCAAGCUUGUACCUCUCAUCAUGCCCUCUCAAGGUCCUGAGGCUCCCGAGCCACAUUUCUGCCCCAUCUACACAGGCCAUGUAUCUUCUGUGGAUGGGCCACCUGCCAACCCCCAGGACUUGAAGGACCUCCAGGCCAAGAUUACCCAAAGCAGGCCUCCUCGUUCAUGGGAGAACCCCCGAGAGCAUGCCAUUUCAGCAAUCAAAAGCCAGUGGUACCGCAACCUUUUCCAAAUACAGAACACCCUCUACCAUGCAACUGUGGAGUUCUUCCACAACACCUGCAGGUAUGCAUAUGCUUUGACUCCCAUUACAACAGACACAAUCUCCUCUCCCAUGGGCCUGGGAUCCGAUUCAGAGCCAGUACGUGUGAACUUGCUUGGACAAGAUAUCUAUCUGGCAGAUUCCAUGCAGUUUGUUCUGGAAUACUUUCUCCGCUUUCAGGAAGGUUUGCCAGGAACCUAUUAUGUGUCCCCCAGUUUCCGGGGAGAAGAUCCUGAUGCUACUCACCUGAACCAGUUUUACCAUGUGGAGUGUGAACUGCUGGGGGACAUGGAGAAAGCCAUCGGAGUAGCAGAAGCAUACGUGGCGUACCUGACUCGCUCCAUGCUCCGAAGGCAUGCGGACCUCAUUCUCAAGACUGCUGGGACCCUAUCCCAUGCCGAGAGCCUCCUUGAGAAGCUUAGCGGGCUGAAAGGCUUUCCCAGAGUGACACUGGACCAAGCCCUCACCAUGAUGCCAUCGGAAGAAUGCCUGGAGUGGGUGGUAGAGGGCCAGCCCCAGUUCGGCAGGAAGCUGACCCGUAAAGGGGAGCGGGUACUGAUCGAGAAGUUUGGCGGUGCCGUGUGGCUGACCGAGAUGGAUCACCUUGGCGUCCCCUUCUAUCAAGCCUACGUUGAUGGCACCAAUAAGCAGAAGGCCAAAGCGGCUGACCUGCUCCUGGGCUUAGGGGAGACUCUGGGGCUUGGUGAACGGCACUCCACUGCCGAGAAGGUACAGGAAGCUCUAAUGCACCACACGGUGUCCGAAGAUGCAUACACCUGGUACAUCAACAUGCGAAGGGUCAAACCCUUGCUCACAAGUGGGUGGGGGAUGGGAACAGAGCGCUAUCUAUGCUGGCUGCUUCAACACAAUGAUGUCCGAGACUUGCACAUUAUCCCCAGGAUGAAAUCCAAGAAAUACUUACCGUGAACUCCUCCGUUCAAUACUCCCCCCUCCCAAAUUGUGUCUUUGUUAUUCAUCUAUUGCAUAAUGCCUUUCCUGUAGGCUGCUAGUUUGCAUAAAAAUGUUUUGCUUCUAUUUUCAGACCAACCCCUAAAGGGUUUUCUUUAGAAAUUCUAAAAUAUUCAGAUAGAAGCUUAAAUACUCUUUUCUCCUUCCGUUUUCCUUAGUGCAAAUAAACCUGACUUAUCAAGUCUUGCAAAAGAUCUUUGAGCAGAUGUAUAAAAAAAGCACAUAUUUCUCUGAUGACAGAGGCUAAACGUUUCACUCAAGCUUUGUUGUGGCCCUUCUAGUUAACAGCUGCAUUGAAAUCAACUUGUUUGUGAUCAGAACAUCAAAUGUUCUGAAACACAUUCUCCUUACUUAUGAUUCCUUAUGUCACCCAUGUUUAACUUUUAGCAGUACAUUGACCCAAAGAUGGAAGAAAAAUCCCAAUGGACUCUCAUUCAUUUGGAUGACUUUCCAUAACCUUUUUGAGCUGCCUGUAGCAAACUGCUUAAGGAAAUACCUACUGUAGUGUUUGGGGAAACUAUGUCGUAAACCCAGAAGCUUGUGGAUGCAACACAACACAAGACAGAAAGACCAACAGACCACAUUCAAACAAAAACAGAAACAUUCUGUAGAGGUCCAUUUGACUGUGUGUGAUUUAUCAGAUCUAGCAAUGAUCACUAAGACAGACCACCUCACAAACACAUUCUAACAGGAGAAACAUAAGGGUUUUGCCAGAAGUAACAAAUUAUGCUAUUCUGUCUACACUCAAAUCCACAGCAACCAUCGUCAUUUUGAAACAAACCAGCCACCACUCAGAAUUCAUCCUCCUUUUUUGUAUCUGUGUGUGGGCAAGUUUUUCUCUUGUUACAGCCUGCCCUUUAACUAACAUCCAAUGAAACAGAAAUGUAAUAUGCAGAAGAAUGUGAUUAUGAUCUUUACACUGCUACUUCAUAUUAGUUAUCAUGUGUUAGUACUCUGGAGACAUUUGAUCCAAAAUCAUUUUAAAUUUUGUUAUUGCUUUCCCUGAGUGAAUUCCUAAUUUGCUUUGCUGAUACCUUGCUUCACAGCUUGUGUUAAAUCGCAUGGUUUCCCUUUGAAAUAUUUACAUCACCUGCUCAGGGCUUGAGCUAGGUAGAGAUUUUAUUUGGCCUGUACUACCCACUUUCUUAUCUUCAAUAAAACAUUCAAACAUUC